AUGAAUAACAAAACUGUAUCAUCAUGUAACAAGUGCCGGACCUCAAUUAUUAAUACGAACCGGAAGAAGGCAAAGAAAAAUGAAGAUGAAGAAAUAAAACGAUGUCAAGACCUUGCAUAUACUCGAGAUCAACUUGUAGAUGUUUUCUUAGAUUUUCUGGACCCUUAUGAAGAUUUCGACAGUGCUGAACCAUGCAAACAAGAAUUAAAUAUAAAUAUUGCCGUCUUUCUUAAUUCAUUUAUCGAUCGUAUUGAAACGACAAACGAAAAUGAAAGUAAUAAACUUAUUGCCUGUCAAAUAAUAAAACUUAUUUCGAAAGCUGAUGGAUUUAUGUAUAUUUAUCAUUCAUGUGAUAAACUGAGAGACGGCUUUUCAUUUCUUUUUUAUUGCAACUGCAAGUAUGAAAGAAAACCUAAAAAUCCUCAAAUUGAGGACAUUAACAAACGACGAAAUACUGAACCCCGAUUGCUUCGGUACGAAUGUGAGGGAUCAGUUCUUAUUACUAUCAAACAAUCUCACGAACUAGCUUAUAUCCGUGUUCACCAUUUAACACAUCCGCGACCUCAAUCGAUUGCAGUUUCGUCUGAAAUUAAAGAGUAUAUUCAACGAAAUAAUCUUUUAACUAUACCUCAAAUUUAUCAUAAUGUAAAAGCCUCAGGUCUAAAUGGAUAUUCUCAU